AUGAUUGUGUGUUGUUUUUUUUCAGGCUCCUGGGCGGAUCGCUCUCCUCUCCAUGAAGCCGCCUCUCAGGGCCGUCUGCUGGCUCUGCGUACUCUGCUGGCUCAGGGUUACCAUGCCAACAUCGUCACCAUCGACCACGUGACGCCUCUCCACGAGGCCUGCCUGUCGGGGCACCUGGCCUGUGUCCGAGCGCUGAUCAACGCCGGGGCCAAUUGA